GCGCACUGCAGACUGCAGGACGCAGCUCGGGGGAAGUGACAGCAGGGUAAACAAACGAAAUGAAACGUUUUCUUUUGAAUUAAUCCAUUAUCUCUAGACGAACUCUGAGCAUCCGGAUACUUUCUCUUCCUCAGGUAUAUUGGCAUCGACUGUGAUUUUAAUGGUGUAGACACUCAGCAUAUUUGGGAUCCAUGUCUUUUUUGCGUUGGGUGUCGGAGAAACUCAGUGUGGAGAGUCUGAGGGAUUUGGACUUAUUUGGUGAGCAAGCACAGGCAAGCCCACUCAGGAAAGCCCAUGAGGACAGUCGUCAAUCUCUAAGCUCCCUCCCACACCGGGAAGCAAUGGGAACCUUCUUACCUGACAGCAGUGCCUACGAGCUCCUCACCAGCAUCGGGCACGGUCUGGAAAACCUCAUGACCGUGAACUUGGCUCGAUACAAACCCACCGGAGAACAUGUCACCAUCCGAAGGAUCGAUAUGGAGUCCUGCACCAACGACAUGGUCAAAUACCUGCAGGAAGAAAUCCAUGUCUCGAAGUUGUUCCACCAUCCGAGCAUCCUCCCGUACAAGAGCAUCUUCAUCUCAGAGAAUGAGUUAUGGGUGAUCACGCCAUUCAUGGCCUACGGCUCGGCACGAGAUUUGAUCAACACUCACUUCACACACGGUUUAAGUGAACUGACUAUCGCCUACAUCCUGCUUGGGGUUCUGCGGGCGCUGGAUUACAUUCAUCACAACGGCUAUGUGCACCGGAGUGUGAAGGCUAGUCAUAUCCUGAUCUCAGUGGAUGGACAGGUGUAUCUAUCAGGUCUGAGGAGCAUCUUCAGUCUGAUCCGACACGGUCAGAGAGCUCGCGUGGUGCACGACUUCCCCCAGUACAGUGUCAAAGUGCUGCCCUGGCUCAGCCCCGAGGUGCUACAGCAGAAUCUUCAGGGGUACGAUUUCCGCUCGGACAUCUACAGUCUGGGAAUUACAGCUUGUGAGCUGGCCAAUGGCCACGUGCCCUUUAAAGACAUGCCUGCAACACAGAUGCUGUUGGAGAAGUUAAACGGUACGGUUCCGUGUCUGCUGGACAGCACCACCAUCCCGGCGGAGGAGCUCGGUAUGAAGUCCUCGCGCUCUGGGGCAGACUCCGGGAUCUGCGAGGGCCCCGGGGCCGGUGGGGCGCGGCACACUAACGGAGAGCCGAACCCCUACAGCCGUACGUUCAGCUCACACUUCCACAACUUCGUCGAGCUCUGCCUGCAGAGGGAUCCUGAGAAGAGACCUUAUGCCAGCGCUCUGAUCAGUCACUCCUUCUUCAAGCAGAUAAAGCGGCGUCCGUGUGAGGCUCUGCCCGAGCUCCUGCAUCCCGUCUCGCCGCUCGGCAGCUUCGAGUGCGUGCGACCUCAGGACCCGCCCUCCGCUCUCGCCAGCCUGGAGUCCGGCCUCAGCCACCUGGACGUAGACGACUGGGACUUUUGACAAGAAACCGACGUGGAUCUGACCUCGGGUUGGCCGAUAAAACAGCAUGAUGUCGUCGAUAUCACGAUAAAUUACCAACAUUAGAUUUUUUUUUUAACCAAAUUCUGCACCUGCUUUCAUUUUUACAUCCAUUAGAGCUACUUUGAAAGAGACUUCGUCAACCGUGAAAUCUUCAAGAAUCGUGAUGUGACGAUAUUUUUUCACCCACCUUCAUUAGGACGUGUCGGUUCGUUAACGAGGGUUUAACAGAUCCUGUUCUCCUCUGUUGUUAUUGUUUCCCUCUCGAAGUGUAUGUAUAUAGUUGUUUAUAACAGAAACGGGUUGAAGGAGGACUUUUUUUUUUUUUUUAAACCUCUCACAGAGAAGCCAGCAGCCGCCACCGCAGCCUUGUCUGAACCUGAACGACACGUUCGUGGUGCACGAGUCCGAACACACACACACACACACAUUUUCUUUUUCACAAAGGCAGGUGCUUAGUUUUGUGCUCUCUUACGUUACCGUACAUUGUUCCGUUAUGUUUUUUUGUAGCAUAAACGAGACGCUCUGAAUGUGUAACUGCUCGCGCUGCUUUCAUCUCGUUCACGUAGAUGAAACGAAGCUGCAUGAUCCGACCUUCCGCCGCGUUUAACUCAGAAUGUGAAUUUACAGUCAGUUAUUUGAGAUUCGUAACUCUUUUUUUUUUUCUUCUUCUUCUUUCUCAAACUACCAGCAGAACUUAAGCGAAUAUGCAGGCAGGUGUGGCGGAAACGCAGAAACUCGCCCUUAAGCUCGAUCGUCACGCCGCAUCGUGAAUCUUAUUCCAGUUUCAUUUCGGUUAGCACAAAGCCGUGAUGUCGGAAACUCCGUGCUCACGUGGAGGUUGUUUUUUUUUCUUUUCACAGAUGUUGCAUAAUGAGAUAAAAACAAUAAAGACUGAAAACCUCA